AUAGUUGUUGUUUGAGUGUUGAGUGAGUCAGGUGGCGGCCAGACAACAGCAGUCAAAACAUCAACAUGAUCAACAAAUAUACCUAUAUAUUCCUCUUAUUGGCCAUAUUUUGUACCUUUGCUAACUCCUUGUAUUUUCACAUUGGGGAAACUGAAAGAAAAUGCUUUAUUGAAGAAAUUCCGGACGAAACGAUGGUGACAGGCAAUUAUAAACUACAGUUGUAUGAUCCACGCACAGGAGGUUUCAUGCCAUCUUCUCCAGGACUUGGUAUGCAUGUGGAAAUUAGGGACCCAGAUGACAAAGUUCUUCUAUCUAGAGUGUACAGCAGUGAAGGCCGAUUUACAUUUACCUCACACACUCCAGGAGAGCAUGUAAUUUGUUUGUACUCUAACUCGACCAAAUGGUUCUCAGGAUCACAGCUGCGUGUACACUUCGAUAUUCAAGUGGGUGAACAUGCAAUUGACUAUGCUAAUGUGGCACAAAAGGAGAAGCUGACAGAGUUGCAGUUGAGAGUAAGACAGUUACUGGAUCAAGUAGACCAGAUUUCCAAGGAGCAAAACUAUCAGAGGUACCGCGAAGAACGUUUCCGCCAAACAUCGGAGAGCACCAAUCAGAGAGUCUUGUGGUGGUCCAUUGGACAAGUGUGCAUUCUACUUGGUAUGGGCUUUUGGCAAAUGCGCCAUUUGAAGAGCUUCUUUGAAGCCAAGAAACUUGUAUAGUCAAAGUGCACAUUUAUAAGGGGUUCGACACUAAAUCGUGUACAUCUUAGAAAUUGCAUUUUGAAAUAGCGAAGUAAUUCUUUAAUAUUUUCUAUGUUUAGACAAGCCAUAGAAUGAAUAUUUAUGAUUAUAGUAUAGUACGAAAGUGCAUUUGUAAAGCUGAGGUUGUAAAAUUGUGGAAGUGGCAAUCUGGGUAGACUUUCUUUUAACAACUUAUUCAGUUAUUUUGGACGAUGUCUCGAAGCUAACACUAUUCGCGAUUUCUUUUAAUUAAGAAAUCUCAGAUUUCAUUAGCCAAGAAUGUGCAAUAAAAUAUACUCGUGUAAAAUUUGCUUAAAAUCUUUUGAAUUUGUGGUAUUCUUAAGCAUGGAAAAGAACUUUGCUAUUGAAACAAAUUUGAACCUUCAUCACAGUAAAUUAAUUUUAAAAUUUUGAAAAUGAUUGGAGAUGAUAAUCUCACUGAAGCUGUUAUAAUGGUAUAAUGAAUCUUGAUAUUAAGUUAGCUUUUCAGGAAUAUUUUAGACAAUAGUAAUAGUGCUAAAUGUUUUAUAGUUUUGAUGUGUAAAUAUCACAAAUCUGUCUGUUAAACCAUGUGAUGAUAAAUAAAGUUUUUAUUAUU